CCCCCAAAGCCUGUAUCCGGGCCGUCUAUCACGCAGUCUGUCCUUCUGUUUCUCUCUCCUCCCUUCCGACCCGCGGGUGCCGGGUGAUGGGGAGGAUGUCGGCCCUCAGGAUGUGUCUUCUUGUAGCCUUGAGCGCGCUCGCCUUCUCCACGACAACGGGGGAUGCCUUGGUCUCCUCCGCAGGAGCAGGGCGUUGGAGCGGUGGGCAUUGUCGACACCAUCUGCAAUCGCGUUCUUCAGGGUGGCACAGGGCUGCGGCGCUGGGCAAGGUGGAGACAACCAUGACCAAUGCAGCAGAAGCCCUACCCGCCGACGCAUCACGGUUCCAAGCUGGCGGCGCUAGCGGCGGCGGCGUUGAGGAUGCGGGCAAAAUCAAGGGACGGGGGGUUUCAAGGAUGUGGGGUCGGUACCUCCACGCCCUCGAAAAUAGACCGCUGCUGACCAAGUCUCUGUCAUCCGGGGUCAUCUCGGGCACGGCCAACCUGAUCGAGCAAACCCUCAGCCCGGCCGCUUUCAGCUUGGUGGAUUGGAGCGCGUUCACCCUCGUCGGCGCGGUCUUCAUCGGGACGGUCUUGCACCACUGGUACGGCUUCCUCGAGAGGAUGGGAAACUCUGAGGUGAUCACGUCCAGGAUAAAGAGCAAGUGGGGGCGGGUUGUGUUGCAGGUGGUGCUUGACCAGACCAUCGGUGCCUCUCUCGUGAACAGCGGCUACUUCGCUUGCCACACGGUCUGUUUGGCCGGUCUCACAGGGAGAGCGUUCCCGCUUCCGGAGCUGGGUUCGUCUAUUGUAGAGAAGGUAACCAGCAGAUACGUGGUCAUGAUGAUGAACAACUUCAGGCUCUGGCCGUGGGUCAGCUUCGUGAACUUCGCCUUCAUCCCGGCAGACCUGCGGGUGCUGGUGUCGAACUUUGUGGCGGUUCUUUGGGGCUACUUGAUGAGCAAGUGGUGCCGGUGAGCAACGGCAUCGACAAUUACUGCUGUGGUACCGUAGCCCUUGGAUAACCGCCAGGGGGAAUGUGAAGCGCAGCACACUCACACAGACCCGUACAACACCCCCCCCUGGGGGUUUCUCUUGGACGUGUACUCGGUGAAGUUCGAGGUUGACGGGUAGGACGACGCAACGGGGUUCCCAUAACGGCGAAAUGAUUUCUGUUGAAAGCCCGUUGGUGCUUGAUGGUUUUUGAAUUUGUCCUGCUGUGUUGCGUUCCAUUGUUUUUUGGCAAGUGCAUUUUGCGCUGGGGGUAGUUUCGUAAUUUUGUAAUUCUCUUUGGUAGCAUGAUAGGUUAGGAAAACUGCUGUGUUGCGUUCCAUUGGUUUUUGGCAAGUGUAGUUUUUUCGGCAGAUUCGUAAUUUUGUGAUUCUCUUUGAU